GGCAUGGACCAUGAUCAACGCGGAAAGGCGCCGCUACGAGCAGGAUCUACCGUUAUCGAUGGCUAAGUACGAACCUUUCCUUCGUGUUGCAUCAUGCAUUUUCUUGUUUCUUGAGUCUUUCUUGUUCUCUUGCUUUCCUUGCCGCUAAGUUCGUCUCAAUUUCAUGAAGGAUGUCUCUGAACGAGAAGGAAAUCGACCCCGCUUCUUCUACUAGGGAGAAGGUCUCUUCGGACCUUGGUGAGGAGGAAGUUGAUCGGUCUUCCAUUUCCACAAACUCAACCAACUCUAUCGAUUCGGCGGAAGACCAGCUGUCCAUCCACCAAUCACUGAGCCGCAAUGCAGGACUGGAAGAACCCGACAAAGAGCUCGCCCGUAUUACCAGUGUCGCGACGAACGUGACUUCUGAUCCGCAAUUUGAAGUUGACUUCGGCGACAAUGUAGAAAACCCGCAGGACUGGGGUAUGGCCAAGAAGAGCAUGAUCAUCGGAUUCAUGUCUUUCUCUACCCUUGUCGUCGUCAUGUACUCAACUAGCUACACAAGUGGUAUUCCUGGCAUGAUGGAAACAUUUGGAAUUAGGUCAAAGACUCUGAUUGUUCUCGGCAUCACUACGUAUCUGGCUGGACUAGCACUUGGCUCGGUUCUUCUAGCACCUCUGAGUGAAAUGUACGGUCGGCGGCCAGUAUAUCUCAUUGCGGUCUUCAUGUUUGUGGCGUUGAUCAUUCCAUGCGGGCUGGCGGAGAACCUUGCAGCUAUUCUCAUCACGCGAUUUUUUGGUGCAAUUGCUGGCUCAGCUAUGAUCUCGAACGCGCCAGGGACUGUCAGCGAUAUUGUGAGCGAUGACUACCGUGCUUUGGCAUUUUCAAUAUGGAGCAUAGGACCAAUGAAUGGCCCCGUUAUUGGUCCUCUUAUCGGAGGCUUCGUUUUCCAAUUCAUGGGGUGGCGCUGGACGAAUUGGGUUGUAAUGAUUGGGUCAGGGGUUUCCUUUGUCAUGGUCCUCAUUGUCAAGGAGACGUAUGCACCGGCCAUCUUGCGAGCGAAAGCAGCAGCGAAGCGAAAAGAGACGGGAGACGAGCGGUGGUACUCGCGAUACGACGACAAGAAGAAGUUCUGGCCUCUCCUGCGAGAGAACCUUGUUCGUCCGCUCUCUAUGAGUGUCAAGGAACCGAUAUGCAUCUUCUGGAAUGUAUACAUCGCCCUUGUUUAUGGUGUCAUGUAUCUUUGCUUCGUAUCCUACCCGAUCGUCUUCACUGAAUUACGAGGUUGGAGUCCCGGGCUAACAGGCCUUGCUUACGUAGGCAUUGGCAUCGGAGGUCUUGUGACCAUCUCGUGUGAACCACUCAUACGCCAAUGGAUCAAUUCUCACAAAACAGAUCUAGCUACAGGAAAGCCCCCACCAGAAAGCAUGAUUAGUAUUGUCUGUGUAGCUGCAGUAGCUGUACCAGUCGGAGAAUUGAUGUUCGCCUGGACCUGUACCCCGAAUGUCCACUGGAUCGCUCCGAUCAUCGCAGGUGUCCCAUUCGGCGCUGGAAAUUGUGCUGUGUUCAUUUACGCUUCAAAUUACCUCGUUCAUUCCUACGGUAUCUACGCUGCGUCCGCAUUGGCUGGCAAUGCUGUACUAAGAAGCGCGAUGGGUGGUGCUCUCCCGCUUGCUGGUCCCAAGAUGUAUUCGACUUUGGGUCCCCAUUGGUCUGGAACUAUGCUCGGCCUCAUCGAACUCGCUAUGAUACCAAUCCCUUUUGUGUUCUAUCGAUACGGCCACAAAAUUCGAGAGAAAUCCACCCUCAUUAGCCGCAUGCGUGAAGAUCGGGAGAAAUUGGAGAACAAGAGGAAGGCCUCUGAAAGGGAAGAAAUGUUGAAGAUAGGAGGAGCUGGGGCGCGUGUUGAACAGGACCGAGGGAAAGAGAAGGAAGAUUUUGAAGUCUGAUCCAUGCUAAUAGUAAUCUAUAAGCCCACGUCCGUUAAUAGCGGUUCCUCUAGCAGCGUUAGCAACCUGUGGGUUAGAGACAUGGGAAACGUUUACCAGAGAUGUAAACUAGGUUGGAAUAGGAGCUGGAUCCUAUUUGAUCGACAAGGUCCAUUGAUUGUCAGGUUAUGAUGGCAUCUGGGUCAACGGAGAGAAAAAUGGUAAGGGAGGGGGUGCCCCACAUAACUGCAGUUUUUUAUCCUUCGCGGUGUCCUGAGGGUCGGCUGCAGCCAUCCUGCUAGUUGCAAGGAUGGGUGGCAGCCGUUCGGUUGAGAAACCGCCCCUCGUUUUCAUCACAAAUCCUCUGUAGGGGCGUUAUAAUUGGAGGGCCGGAAAGCUUGCACACCAGCAAUUGACUCUCAAAUCGCGGCCAAUUGUAGUUGAG